GUAAAACCCAACAACCUCAAACCUCAGUACAAAACAUACCACAGUAAAAUUUCAGAACCCAUCACACCAAUUUUCUUGGAAGCGUUUUUUCAUUCAAAAAGCUUCCUCCUUUCCAGCCAGAAACAAGGGAAGAAAAACCAACAAAGAUCAAAACUUUAUGCUACCCUUUUUUCUUCUCUGUUCUAUUUGGUGUGUUUUUGUUGUUCUAAAACAAUGAAGAUGAAGAAAGUUAACACUUUGUUCUUGGUCUUUGUGAUUCUCACACUUGUUCAAUGCUCUUCAACUCGUAUUUAUCAUUCAAACAUGGAAAGAGGUAGUAGAAACAUAGCAAAAAGCAUUGAGGUUGCAUUUGCAAGGUUUAAGAAUGAAGGUGUUACUGUUGGAACAGUAGAAGAUUCAGCAAGAGAAGUUCCAACUGGACCUGACCCUCUUCAUCACAACAAUAACCCUUUUGAACCUUAAGUUGUUAGGUUUCAUGAAAUUAGCACUAGCUCUUUCAUAUAGCACAAUAUUUUGAUCUAUGGUUCAAGUACUUGAGUUUUUGUAGUUUAU